AUGGCGGAGGACUUGGAGCCCGACUUUUACCUCAGGUGGAGGCACUGUGAAACGCCAGGGCUUCAGACCCUGUGCAACCUGUCCAAGCUCCUGAAUGGCCUCCAGAGGGCGCACAAAGAGGACAUCUGCAGGUACACCUCCGGCCACCUGAAUCCCAACAAGCUCUACCGGCCUCCCGAGACCAUCCUGCAGCACUGGGCCAAUGCCAACAGACCCAGGGAGGACAAGGUGGCCAGUGCGCGGCGGCUGCCGGCCGGGCAGACCCAGGAGAUGAAGGACGCCUGGGCCUAUUUCACCGUUAACACAGCUGUACUUCCGGAUGACGCCAGGGACUCGCCGCUGUUCAGGUAUCUAAACCCUAAGCCACAAGCCUUCUACCCCUCAGAAGAAAGCCUUCUCACGGAGAAGGCUCCAGGGGGACCGCAGGGCGCCUCGGCCCAUGGCACCGCAGCAGAGCGCCUCCGAGAGGAGCUUCAGCUACCUGACCUGAAGGUGCUGCGGUACCACGCAGCCCGGUCCAGCCGCGCGUGCGCGCUGGGGCCUCCGGCCAAGGACCAGUACCAGUAUAUCAGCUCCUACCUGGCCGGAAUCACCAAAGCCGAGCAGUACAGGAAGUUCCUGCGCUUCCAAAGAGAAGUGCUGGUGACACGCGAUCUCUUGGAGAAGGACUUCAGCGGCAGCGCGGCAGCCCUGUGCCAUGAGAAGAAGCUGGCAGAGGAGCUCCAGAACGUAUGCACCUGUAACCCUCUGCAGCUGAACCGGCUGCAGGUGUUCGGGGAAAUCUUUGAAGACAUCUGCAACAGCUCUCUGAUUUUUGGUGGCCUCCUGAAGGAAGUGAAGGACGAGUACGAGCUGUACAUGACGAUCCUGUUGGACUCCCAGGCCACAUCACAGCAUAAGACUUUCCUGGCUGAAAUUAGAGACCUGGAGAGGAGUCGUGUGCAGACAGCCGAUGUGGACCGAGCCAGGGAGGAGCUGAGGCUGCAAGUGAAGGCCGUCAGAGCCGCCCUGGAGCAGAAUGACAGGCUCAGAGCAGAGCUAGCCACAGAGCAGGAGCUGCUGCAGUCGGCUAGGAAAGAAUCAGGAGCAUCUGAGGCAAACGUAAUUGACGAAGAGAACCUUACUCUCACUCAGAAGGUGGAAAAGAAACGAUGUGAAAUUCUUAAUAAGUUGGAUGAAAUUCAAACUCUUAGAAAACAAAUUAAAGCAACUUUGGUUCAUACUAGAAUUUCAGAUAUCACUGAAAAUGGGAUUAAGAGCAUAGAGAAUGAAGCUUUAAAAUUAGAAACAUCAAAUAAAAUUUUAGAGAAGAAAAUAAAAAUUAUUGAAAACCAUCUGAAGCAUAACAUGAGAAGGUAUAAGUUGAGUGAGGAGGAUCAGCAGUAA